AUGGCUUUCAAUGGCAAGUAUGAGAUUGAGAGUGAGAAGAAUUAUGAUGAGUUCAUGAAGCGCCUCGGGCUCCCCAGCAGUGCAAUAGAAAAGGGCCGCAACUUCAAGAUUGUCACAGAGGUUCAGCAGGAUGGGCAGAACUUCACCUGGUCCCAGCACUACCCUGGGGGCCAGUCCAUGACCAACAAGUUCAUCAUUGGCAAGGAGUGUGACAUGGAGACCAUGGGAGGCAAGAAGUUCAAGGCCACUGUGCAGAUGGAAGGUGGGAAGGUGGUGGUGGACUUCCCCAACUAUCACCAGACCUCGGAGAUUGUGGAUGGCAAGCUGGUGGAAAUCUCCACCAUUGGAGACGUGACCUAUGAGCGUGUGAGUAAGAGGCUGGCUUAA